UAGAUCAUCAACUCUUUCUGCUCAAUACCUCGUCUUUCCUUCUUGUAAUGGCAGAGGAGAGCAAGGAAUCUCGGCAUCCCCAAGAUGGUAAAGCUCCCAUCCAGCAAACCUCAAGACUGCAUGGUUCGGAUGUAAUAGUGGCGAAGCAGGAUGAUUUCGAGAUGAAUGCAUCACCCAAAGAGGCAUGGCCAGAAUUGGUGGGGCUUGGUGUAGCUGAGGCGGAGAAGAGGAUCAAGAAGGACAGGCCAGGAAUUCACAUCCAAGUGGUUCCACCAGAUCACUUUGUAACCAUGGAUUUUGACGUGGGACGGGUUCGGCUCUACAUAGAUUCCUCCGACAAGAUUGCAAAGCUUCCUAGAACUGGGUAGACAACGUCUCAAGAUAUUUGUAUAAUAUAUGCUCUCCAUCAUGAUUUGUCACGAUUGCUUACCUGCUUCUGAUAGAAUGGUCUACGAAAGAUUUGACCUUUUUUUUUUUUGAGGGAGAGAAAGGGAGGCCUAUCAACCCAAAUUUUAUUCAAUAUAGAUAUAGUAGUUUACAGAUACAUGACGUCAAAAAGAGUGGAUGGUUAUGGAUGAAUGGAUGAACUGAGAAGUGUUCAGUUUCAACAUGGGCAAAAGGAAGAGAGAAUAGAUAAGUAGAAAGGAACUCAGCAUUGUAGUGGAAUCCGCCCAUAUUUGGAGUUGAUGUCUGUCUAGGAUGCACGCCUAAGAUGCUGCAAGCAAUU